UUGAUCACGUGGUUCAGUAGAAACGCCCCCUGCUGGGAGUUUCACUGUGAGUCUAUAUAAGAACCAGUCAGUCUGAACCAGUAACAGUCUGCGCUCCUCUGUUCCCAGUCUCUCCAGUCCAGAUCAGUUUCCUGUAGAUUCUCCUCCCAGUUAUAAACCAUGGACAGAAUCCUGCAGUCAUUUGCUCUCAGCUCUGCCAGCAGCAGGUCCAUCCUCACCGACCGGACCGACAGCUGGGAACUUCCAGCGAGCUGACAGUUUCUGGAAGAGCAACAGCUUUAUCAGUGUUUAGUUACUGGUUAGUUACUGGUUAGUUACUGUUCUGUUCAAACCAACGGCGACGACAGAAAGGAAAAUGAGUGGAGAAAACGUUUUGACUCUUCUAGUGGUUCUGACUUUAAUCUUCCCCACCGACUGUCAAGAUCAGAGGAACGUGACAGCAGAACCGGGUCAGGACGUGGUUCUGCCAUGUAGAGCUGCUGGGAACAAACGGCUCAUCGCUGUGCAGUGGAGCAGAUCUGAUCUGGGGUCAGAUUAUGUUCUUCGCUACAGAGACGAGCGUCUGGACGAGGAGAACCAGAACCCGUCCUUCAGAACCCGGGUGGCUCUGCUGGACGGAGCGGUGAAGGACGGAGACGUGUCUCUGGUUCUGAAGAACCUGACGGCCAGCGACACCGGAGCGUACGAGUGUGGAGUCGCCCAGAGAGAAGCAGGAGAAGCUAACGCUAACAUGAAGCUCAUCAGCACCAUCUACCUGCAGGUAGCUCCGCCCCCUCCUCCAGGGAACCCAGAGGAAAGCAGAAACACUGGAUCCAGAAACCUGCACCUGGGACUGAUAGUUUCAGUUCUUUUAGUCGUUGUUCUGAUUGUUGCUGCUUCGGUUCUGGUUCUGACCUGCAGGGAACCAAACAGCUGAAAAGCACCUGGACUGAUUCCUCCUCUGAGUCUGGCUUUGGCUGCUCCAAUAAUCUGAACAGAAAAGUUUUUCUUCCAACAGAUUAUUGUUAUAGUUGACCUGAAUUUCUCGGAGCUUUUCUGUCUUCCUGGGUUCCACCGGGUUCUGCUGAGAUCAACACCAGCAGGCGACUUUCUGUCAGAACAAGCAGGUGAACUGAAGCUUCGUUAGUUAAAGACCUCAGAGCUGCAGAGAAGCUGCAACGUUCAGACAGAGAAACAUCAGAACUAAUGAGUUUUAUUCUCCUGACGCCUCAGUGAUCAGAAACUAAACGACUUCAGAGGAGAACUGGGUCGGUCCGACCUGAUUUCCUCAUCGGGUUGGCCUCAGGGUCUGGCUUUAAUAAAAUAUUAAUCAGUUUACAGAGAGGAGCUGCUGAGAUCAGCAACAUUUUUAAUAGUUAGAGAGUUUCAUCAUUUGGACUUUCUGAAUGUUUCUUGUUAAUCCGUUAAAGAUCCAGAUUCUCCUGCUAGCAGGUUAUUAGCAACGCUAACGAUUAUCAUUAUUAUAUCUAUCACGAUUAUAAUUAUAACAUUAACGAUUAUCACUAUUAUAUCUAUCACGAUUAUAAUUAUAACAUUAACGAUUAUCACUAUUAUAUCUAUCACGAUUAUAAUUAUAACAUUAACGAUUAUCACUAUUAUAUCUAUCACGAUUAUAAUUAUAACAUUAACGAUUAUCACUAUUAUAUCUAUCACGAUUAUAAUUAUAACAUUAACGAUUAUCACUAUUAUAUCUAUCACGAUUAUAA